AUUUAUGCUCUUUGCUUUUUUUAUUUGCUCAAAAAUAGACUUCUAUUUCUUUUGGAAAAUGAAAUAAUGAUUACAAAAUUUACCCAAAUUAAAGGUAGUAUGUUCUAGCAUUUCUCAAGAAAUUUUCCCUAGCUUGUUUUAUUCAUUACUUAUUGUCUGUUAAUAUGUGACAAUAACGAUAAUAUAUUCCUUUCAUUGUGGAAAAGAUAAAUUUGUAACUUAAAAUGCAUAAAUAUAUCCUUAAUACAAUUUUUAUAAUUAAUUGUUAAGAUUGAAAAUUAAUUGAUUUCUAUAAAAGGUUAUUACUAAAUUAUGAAACCUAUAGGCCUUUCACUAUAAAACUAGAAUAAGUCCCCUCCAAAAAUACAUACACAUAUCUAAAAUAUUAAGUUUUUUAGUUUGUAAUAACUCGUAGCUCAUAAUAUCACCACACAAAAUGAUGGAGAAAAAUUUCCUUUUUUGCUUUGGUCGUUCUUAUUGCCUUUGCAGUUGCUACUGGUAUGUCUUCUUAUCUUUCUUCUUUUUUGAAUAUAAAUAAAUUUGUUUAUUUUGUAACAAAUAUAUUUAGUCAAUUUGCACUCACUAUGAACCGAAUAUGCAAAAGGGUGUGAUUGAUAAGAAUGACAACUUCUUACAAGGAUUUCGAAUAUUAAUAUAAAUCUGUAAUAGAUUUGAAAAAAUAAAUCUUAAUUUAAAGUCUCAAAUCCGUGGUAAAACCAUAUAUAUCAAAAAUAUGAAUUCUAGAGUCCCUAAAAGUAAGACACAAAAUACUAGGCUUGACUAAAUUUUUGUCCUCUAAGACAAAAAAUUUAAAAUUCAGCAUUAACAUUUUGAAAAAACUAUCUAAGGACAUCGUUAAACUUUAGCAUUUUCAAAAUUAAUCGGCAUUGUUAACAAUACCAAAAAUGAUAAUUCAUAUAAUGCUUUCAUCCCAAACAUGUCUUCAUAAUUGAAUAAUUUUAAAUUAUAACUCUGGAUUGUAAUAAAACUAUUUUAAUUUUUAACAAACUUUUUUGUUUUUGAUGUUUCUUUGUAGCUAAAGAAAUGAUUCCAUUGGUCCAUAUUGAGGGGUCAUGCCAGACUGAGUUUCCUAGUGAAUGUGAAGUAAUUGAUACGACCCUUUGCAUCGCUUUUUGUGCAUCCAUAGUCCCGAAAGGCACUCUACAAACUGCUAAAUGUGUUGAGAAAGGUCUUCAUCAGAAUGAUUGUGUUUGUUAUUACUCUUGUUAGUAAAACCAAAAGUCAAGAGCACAUCUUUUUUAAGAUAAAUUCAUUACUCUUUAAUUUUGUAGCUUAUUGUUAUAUUUAAAAGUUAAGUUUUGGAAUUGUAAUUCUUCAUAAGUUACUAUAUUAAAAUCUUGAUGAUAACGAAGAAUCGUGACAUAUGGUAGGCUGGGUGGAAUAUUUUUUAACAUCUCAUGAGCCAUAUCAUCAUUCAGUUACUUCUAUGGGUUUUUUCGGAUGUCUUUGGCUCUUCUUCUGCAUAAUUGACCGGAGCUUUAUCAAUGAUCGAUCAAUCAAACGAGUGAAGGCUGAAGAGUUUUUGUUCGAGUGGUUCGACUGUAUAAGAUGCCAAUUUCAAUUAUUGGCUAACACUUGAGAUAUUACGGGUAAUUAAAAGAAAUUUUAGAGGUUGAGUGUUCAUUCUAGUUUACCAAUUAAGCGUUGCAUCUUGUUGAAAUGCAAGAGGUAUGAUCCACAUGCAUGAACCAUUUACCGGCUUAAUGCGUUAUAAUAUAAAACUAAUUAAUGG